GCAACGGGAUAUCGAAUGUACCAAGAUGAAGAAAAGAGAAGGCCAAGUCAAACGGACGAAGAAAAGGGAAUUAAGACGAGGAACAUCGUCAUGGGCUAGGGAGAACGUAUGGGCAUUGUUGGAAAUCGCCAGUGUCGUGCUAUUUCGGAGGGAGUAUGCAUUGUCCGUCCGGAAUGUACGGCACAGCGGCCCUACAGCCUCGUCGGUGUGUCAUGGAGGCACACAUCGAUCCACUUUUGGGAGGGGAGCAGGUAACGACAAGUGCGAUAUUUGCCCUCCCACGCGUUUCAGGUACUUGUGGACGAGUCAAUCACACCGAAGGAAUGAUCUUCCGCCGUAGGCCUGCAGGCAACGCCGCGAAAAGGCCAAGCGCCUUGCUAGAGCCUAAGGAAUUAGCAGUCAAGACGAUCCAGCAGGCAUGGCCAACCCCUUGGCCUAGCGAUCACCCAGCCGCCCCGGUGGGACAGGCGUACUUCACUCUCGUCGGUGUAUGACGAUGGGUACUACUCGUGCCCGCAUUCUCAUGAGGCAUGCAUGGCCAGGUGAUCAUCGCAGCAGACGGUGUCAACCAGGUGGAGUCCAGCGAU